AUGUCAAUAGAGGACGAAGAAAAAACCGCCUUCAUUACAGACGAAGGGACAUUUUGCUAUACCAAAAUGCCCUUCGGUCUUAAAAACGUUGGGGCCACGUAUCAGAUAUUCAUGAACACCCUUUUCAUGGAGCAACGGGGAAGGAACCUGGAGGUAUAUGUUGAUGACAUCGUUAUCAAAAGCAUGAUAGAAAUGGCCAUGAUAGACGACAUAGCAGAGACCCUCCGCACCAUGCAAGAUGUGAAUAUGAAGUUAAACCCCGGAAAGUGCUCUUUUGGGGUGGAAGAAGGGAGAUUCUUGGGAGUGGUGGUCACUAAAGGAGGAAUCAAAGCUAACCCGGAGAAAACUCAAGCUGUGGCUGAAAUGCGAUCCCCCAGGUCCCUGAAAGAUAUUCAACAACUGAACGUGAGGUUAAUUGCACUAAACCGUUUCUUAUCAAAGGUAGCCGACAGGACCCUCCCCUUCAUGAAAGUGUUGAAGGACUGCCUCCAAACGGAUAGGUUCAAGUGGACUCCAGAAGCGGAGGCUGCCUUCCAAGAAAUGAAAACUUACAUCUGCAAGCUCCCAACAUUGGCCACCUCAGUACCCGGGGAACUCCUGCUCCUAUAUUUAUCCGCCUCGAAAACGACUAUAAGUGCGGUCAUGAUGGUAGAACGGGAAGGGAAGCAGAUCCCCAUAUAUUUCAUCAGCAGAACACUUAAAGGCCUCGAGGAACGCUAUCUGCCCCUGGAGAAGCUAGCAUUAGCCCUUGUUUUCGCAUCUCAGAGACUCAGGAGGUACUUCCAAGGGCACAAGAUUACCCUGAUGACUGAUCAACCUCUCCAAAAGGUACUCAGGAGGCCGGAGCUGGCAGGACGAUUGGCUAAAUGGACUGCGGAACUGGGGGAACACUCUUUAGAGUUUAAGCCCAGGACAACCAUGAAGGGGCAGAUACUGGCCGACUUUUUAGCAGAAGUCCCUGAGGAUGAAGAGAGGGAACUUUUAAAAUGGGAAGCCUUGGAGAGAGAAGAAAGAGAAAAGGAGGACGAGGCUGUGUGGAAGUUACUCACCGACGGGGCCUCUAGUGAAGAAGGGAGCGGAGCAGGCAUCACAUUGAUAAGCCCCGAAGGGAUUGAGCUGACCUACGCCAUAAGACUGGACUUCGAGAACACCAACAACACUGCAGAAUAUGAGGCCCUUUUAGUAGGAAUGAGGCUGGCACAAAAAAUGAAAGCAAGGCAUGUGGAAACUAGCACCGGAUCACAACUGGUGUUUAAACAGUAUCAAGGAGAGUAUGAAGCCAAAGACAACACCAUGGCUCAGUACGUGGCGAAAGUAAAGGAAACAGCUAAGGCAUUCAAAACUUUCAAAUUAGAAUACAUCCCCCGAGGAAGAAACAGAAAAUCUGAUGUCCUCAGUAAGCUGGCCUCGGUGGCAUUCGACCACCUAGCAAGGGAAGUCAAAGUGGAAGUCCUGACCUCCCCUUCCCUCAGCACGAAGGAGGUAACCGCGAUUGAGAAUGUGCAGGAAACAUGGAUGACACCGAUCAUAAAGUUCCUCAGAGACGGAACAUUGCCCGAGGGAGACUGGGCAGCUAGGAAAGUAAGGGUAAGGGCCCUCCAAUAUGAGCUGGUUGAUGAGGAACUAUACCGGAGGUCAUACCUAGGCCCAUCCCUGAAGUGUGUUGACAUGAAGGAAGCUGAGUAUGUGAUUAGGGAAAUGCAUGAAGGGAUUUGUGGAAUGCAUUCGGGGCCAAGGACGAUAGUAACAAGGGCAAUGAAUGCGGGGUUCUAUUGGCCGCGAAUGUAUGAAACCGCAUCCGAGGAGAUCAAGAGGUGUGAUAAUUGCCAGGUACAUGCACCAAUGACCCACCGACACAAACACCCCAUGAUACCAGUCUCAACGUCCUGGCCCUUCCAAAAGUGGGAUAUCGACAUAAUCAGGCCAUUCCCGGAAGGUCCAGGAGGGGUCAAAUACGGGGUCCCAAAGGAACUGGUGAGUGAUAAUGGCGUCCAAUUUGCUGGAAGACCUUUUAAGCCAUGGUGCGAGCAAAUGCACAUUCAACAAGUAUUUACCUCUGUCACCCAUGCCCAAAGUAAUGGAUUGGUAGAAAGAGCUAACCAAAGUGUCAUCAAGGGAAUAAAGGGAAGACUCGGGAAAAAACAAAAAGGGUGGCUGGAGGAACUACCAUUCGUGUUAUGGGCAUAUAGGACCACUCCUAAAAGUUGCAAUGGGGAGACUCCUUUCAGCCUAACCUACGGGACAGAAGCUGUCAUCCCAGCUGAGAUAGGAUCCCCAACUGCCCGAAUGAGGCUCCGGGAGGAGGAGAAUGAGCAAGACCUCAGGAUGAACUUCCAUCUCUUGGAAGAAAGAAGAGAAAUAGCAGCAAUCAGGGAGGCUAAAUACAAGAGGCAUCUGGAAAGUUAUUACAACGCCAGGAUGAAAAAGCUCAACCUCGUCCCAGGGGAUCUAGUCCUAAGAGCAAAUGAAGCCAGCCUACAGGAGAGCACCGGAAAGCUAGGCCCCAACUGGGAGGGGCCUUACCGAGUCAUAUGGGCAAACGGCAAAGGGAGCUGCAAAUUGGAAACACUCGAAGGCAAGGAGGUCCCCAGGACAUGGAACCUCAUGCAGCUUAGGAAAUAUCACAUGUAA